CACGUUUCCAUGCAGAAAAGAUGGCCGUAGAGAAACACGUCGAGGCUAAAUUAGUUGGAAUGGAUGAAAAUAAGGAGAAUUCCGCCGACCAGGGGCUUAGUUUGGAAAUUCUCCAGAUAAUUAAGGAUUCCCAGCAGCAGCACGGUUUGAGACAUGGGGACUACCAGCGAUACAGGGGCUACUGUUCACGUCGAUUGCGCCGCCUUCGCAAGACCCUGGGUUUCAAAAUGGGAAACCGCCACAAGUUCACUGGGAAAAAAGUAACCGUGGAGAUGCUGUCUGACAACAGGUAUCUGUUGCUCGUCCUGAUGGAGGCUGAGCGGGCGUGGAGUUAUGCCAUGCAGCUGAAGCAGGAGGCAAACACAGAGCCACGCAAACGCUUCCACCUGCUGUCCCGUCUGCGCAAGGCUGCCAAGCAUGGAGAACACCUGGAGCGUCUGUGUGAGAGCCCCAGGGUGGAUGCCAAGACUAAGCUGGAGGCCCAGGCCUACACUGCCUACUUGACUGGAAUGGUGCAGUUUGAGCUUCAGCAGUGGAAAACGGCAAUGGAAGCCUUCAACAAGUGCAAAACAAUCUGUGAGAAGCUGGCGAGCGCCUUCACAGAAGAGCAGGCGGUGCUGUACCACAGGCGUGUGGAGGAAAUCUCCCCCAACAUCCGUUACUGCGCCUACAACAUUGGUGACCAGAAUGCCAUAAACGACCUGAUGCAGAUGAGGCUGAGCGCGGGAGGGGGAGGCAGCAUGUUGGUUGAGGGCCUGGAGACUCUGAUCACCCAGACGAGGGCGAAGCAGGCCGCCACCAUGAGCGAGGUGGAGUGGCGCGGGCGCACCGUGCCUGUCAAAAUCGACAAGGCCCGCAUCUUCCUGCUGGGUCUGGCGGACAACGAGGCAGCCAUCGCACAGGCAGCCGAUGAGGAGACAAAGGAGCGCCUUUAUGAGACCCUGCUGGCAGAGUGCAGAGAUACCAUCCAGGCCGUGCGGGAGGAGAUCAAGGUUGACGCGAAGCAGAGAGAGAGGGCUGUGGAUUCAGACAGCGGGAAGGUCUCCAACCUGCAGUACCUGCACAGCUAUCUGACCUACAUCAAGCUGUGGACGGUGGUGAAGCGCAACGAGAGCAUGGCCCACGCGCUGCACGCUAAGCUGAAGGAGCCGCAGCAGGACGAGAGCAAGAGGGGCCCGCGGCCCCAGGACCUCAUCCGCCUCUACGACAUCAUCCUGCAGAGUCUGGCUGAGCUGUCUGGCCUUCAGGGCCUGGAGGAGGACCACACUUUCCAGAAGGAGGUGUCCCUGAAGACCCUGGUCUACAAGGCAUACAGGUGCUUCUUCAUCGCCCAAUCCUACGUGCUGGUGAAGAAAUGGAGUGAGGCGCUGGUUCUGUAUGAGCGGGUUCUGAAGUACGCCCGCGAGGUCCAGUCCAAGGCCAAGAGCCUUAACAACAGUCUGAAGGACCUUCCUGAUGUCCAGGAGUUGAUCUCCGAGGUCAAUGCUGAGAAGUACUCUCUGCAAGCGGCAGCCAUUUUGGACACGGGGGAUACUCCAGAAACGCCUCAGCAGUUGCAGGUGAAAGACAACAAGCCCCUCUGUGAGCGACUGGAGGCCUUCCACCUGGACCCCGCCCUUUUGGGCAAGCAGCCCAACCUGGUGCAGUUCCCCCCGGACUUCCAGCCGAUCCCCUGCAAACCCCUGUUCUUCGACCUGGCGCUCAAUCACGUGGCCUUCCCUCCGCUGGACGACAAGGUUGAGCAGAAGGUCAAGGGCGGCCUGACGGGCUACAUCAAGGGAAUCUUCGGCUUCGGGAGCUAAGCGCAGAACCCGGGCCGCCUUUGGGGGUCCGGCCCUGUGCUCCGCCAGCCCGGGACCCAGGCUCAGCACAGUGCACGGGCUCAGGAACACAGGCUCAUCCCAGGCUGAGCCCUGGAAUGCCAGGAUCUGCAGUCUCCUGUGCCAUGUGUUCAUGAGCCCGUGCAGCGGCUGAGGGAAACUUUAGAUAGUACCUUUGAUUAUCUUAAUAUAAUUUUAAACUCUAAAGCGCCUUGUACCCUGUGUUAACAUCAGUAUACUUUUGUUGUUUGGGUACCUGUGUUAGUGUUUCACCCAUCAUCACAGGCAAGAGACUCACUAUAGUGGCCUGGACUGCAGGAACACAUUUAAAGGUAUUCAUAUGGAAGACAUUUUUAAAUGUCUUUUGUGAAACAUGGUUGGAAUACUAGAAAGCUCCGGUGGUAACACAUCUAAGGUAGUAGAAAAACCAAGUGUAUGUAGGCUCUGUGAAGCUGGUUGCAUCCACUGGUGUCUUUCCCAUGUACUGAUGUCAGUGUUACAUUGCCUGAAUCCCUUACUCUUCUACCUAAAUUAGGGAAGUGAAUAUAACAAUGCCAGUUGCAAAAGUUGUUUACCAUUCUAGAGCCACAUCUGAAUUAUGUUCCAAGCUAGUCUUACAGAUGCAUUACAAUGCAUGCUCUGACACCUUUGUACCACUGCAUGGAUGGCAUUUGAAGUUUAUCAAGUGGGUAGAAUUUUUUUUUCCACUGAAAAACUCUAGAUAAGACCUUUGUACUGUUGAUCAUAAGCCAAAUCCACACAAUCCUGUUAUAUAUCGGAGGGCCUGGAAAAAUCCGCCCAUGUCAUUUGACCUCUGUCCGAGGUUGCUGGUUCGGGGGGCAGCUUUCUGCUCCUCCUUCCUCAGUGUCGGCUGUCUUUCAACACUGUUCUGCUCCCAUUUUUCCUUUAAAGGGAAAAAGAUCUCGAUGCUGUUCUUGAGCAUUUUUAACACUGACCUGCAGUCCUUUCCUCAGCUGCUUUUAGUGUCCGAGACAGAGGUCAGCUUAGUGGGCUUGUCAUGUUGAUCUAUCAGAGUAGUAGCUGUAAUGAUAGCAAAUAGAAUUACCCUGCCACCCUUCCUCCCAGUACUAAAGCAAACGGCUUGGCAAUAUAAUCUUUCCAUGGAAGGACCUCAUUUUAGCUGCUUAUAACAUGGCAGGUACCACUGAUGCCCCUGUCCUGCAGAUAAUCCAAUUUAUCAAACCAAACUUCUUUGUUUUUUCUUGUCUCAUUUAAAUUUGGGUGGAGUUGUCUCCAUACAGCUUUUUCCUGUUUUU